UUUUAUUCGAUAGAAAACUUCCUCCGUUUUGGAUUCUUGUUGUUCUUGUGGAAAUUCUUUAUUGAUCCGAUUUUUGGGUGAGUUAGAAUAUUCACGGGUGAUUCGGUCGAUCCACCGAACGAGGAGGAAGAACGACGACAUUGGUGCACGUUUUGGAUCAUUUUGGUCUCGAUCUCGAUCUGAUCAAAAAGCUGUUCAGAAAAUUCUCAGUUGGUUUUGAUCGAUUUGUUUUUUGUUUUUUUUUGUUUUGGAGAAUAUUGAUUGGAGUUUUUGUAGGUAUUGGUGUUGUUGUUGUUUGUGGAGUGGAUUGGGUGAAUCCGAAGGGGGGAAAGUAUUGAAAAAUUUAAGGAUUUGAUUUUGGAUUCUACUGAAGAAGAAGAGCUGGAGGUGAUUUGGUAAUGGAAUGUGGGUUUUGCUUAUUUGGGUUUUGGUAGAGAUUUGUAAUUGGAGAUAGAUUAUUGUUGAUUUAGGUUUUACAGUAAUUUUGAAGCAAUUAGAGCUCUGUUUAUUAACAUGAGCAACAAACAACCGAUUAAGUUAGACGACGAACAAAUUGCGGAGUUGAGAGAAAUCUUCCGGUCGUUUGAUCGGAACAACGACGGGAGUUUGACUCAACUUGAACUCGGAUCGCUUUUACGAUCACUUGGUUUGAAGCCGAGUCCGGAUCAGCUUGAGAGUUUGAUAAUGAAGGCAGAUACGAACAGCAAUGGAUUAGUUGAAUUUUCAGAGUUCGUAGCUUUGGUUGAGCCGGAGCUGGUAUCGGCUAAAUGCCCUUACACGGAGGAGCAAUUAAAGCAGUUGUUUAGAAUGUUCGAUAGAGAUGGGAAUGGGUUCAUCACUGCGGCCGAGUUGGCUCACUCGAUGGCCAAACUCGGCCAUGCUCUCACCGCGGAGGAACUCACCGGAAUGAUCAGGGAAGCCGAUACCGAUGGCGAUGGCAGAAUCAAUUUUCAAGAGUUCUCUCAGGCAAUUACUUCUGCUGCAUUUGAUAAUUCCUGGGCAUGAUGAUUUUUCUGUGACUGGAAACAAACAGCAAAUGGGGUGUUACCUGGAUGGCAAAUUAUGAUAUACCAACACAAAGAUCUUGUCAAGAAACUGAAAAUGGUAUUUUUGGGGUUAAGUUUGAAUGUCUAUUUAGUCUUCAAAUCUAUACCUAUUUUUCUCUGCUUGAUAAAGACACGAUCGAGUUUAAGUUGUUGGGUUUCAAAUUUUGGUUGUUUGCUUAUAAAGUUGGAAGUCCAAACCAAAGACUGCUGGGAUUUUUGCGAAGUAUUUUAAUUCCAAUUCCAGUUUUGGAUAUGGUGUGUAGUUUGAUGCUUUCGUGUUUUAACUUUUGUCCAUCGAGAUCUUGUUUAAUUUCAUUUUUUAGUCAAUGAAAUAACUUGAAUAUGAUCGCGUAGUUUAAGAUUGCGCAAAA